CUCGGAUCAUCUCAGCUCCACCCGCCCCGCAGGGCCCAGGAGGCACAGGAACACGUGGGAUUCACGACAGAAACAGCCUCCGCCAGACAAGAAACCCUCAAGAGUAUUUUGCCAUGGAUGUAGAAGAUGAAGAAAACAUGAGUUCGAGCAGCACAGAUGUUAAGGAAAACUGCAAUAUGGACGGCGCGCCCCCCAAGGACGGCAGCGCCCCAGGGCCUGGCGAGGGUGUCCCGCUCUCCAACGGGGGCAGCGGGGGCACCAGCAGGAAGCGGGCCCUGGAUGAGGGCAGCAACGGCCAUGCCAAGUUCCGCCUGAAGAAGCGGAGGAGGGCGCCGGGGCCAGCACUGCCCAAGAACGCGCUGAUGCAGCUGAACGAGAUCAAGCCCGGUCUGCAGUACACGCUGCUGUCGCAGACGGGGCCAGUACAUGCGCCCCUUUUCCUCAUGUCUGUCGAGGUCAAUGGGCAGGUGUUUGAGGGCUCCGGCCCCACGAAGAAGAAGGCCAAGCUGCACGCGGCUGAGAAGGCCCUGCGCUCAUUUGUCCAGUUCCCCAACGCGUCCGAGGCCCACCUGGCCAUGGGCCGCAGCCUGUCUACCAACGCGGACUUUACGUCUGACCAGGCCGACUUCCCUGACGCGCUCUUCAACGGCUUCGAGACGCCCGACAGGUCGGAGGUGCCCUUCUACCUGGGCUCCAAUGGCGACGAUUCCUUCAGCUCCAGCGGGGACCUCAGCCUGGCCGCAUCCCCGGCGCCCGCCGGCCUGGCCCAGCCGCCCCUGCCUGGGCCCCCGCCUUUCCCGCCGCCCAGCGGGAAGAACCCCGUGAUGAUCUUGAAUGAGCUGCGCCCGGGACUCAAGUACGACUUCCUCUCAGAGAGUGGGGAGAGCCACGCCAAGAACUUCGUCAUGUCCGUGGUUGUGGACGGCCAGUUCUUUGAAGGCUCUGGGAGGAACAAAAAGCUGGCCAAGGCCCGGGCCGCGCAGUCCGCCCUGGCGACUAUCUUUAACUUGCACUUGGAUCAAACCCCAUCUCGCCAGCCCAUCCCCAGCGAGGGCCUGCAGCUGCAUCUGCCGCAGGUCCUGGCCGAUGCCGUGGCCCGCCUGGUGCUGGAUAAGUUUGGGGACCUGACAGACAGCUUCGCCUCCCCCCACGCGCGCAGGAAGGUCCUUGCUGGAAUCGUCAUGACAACAGGCACAGAUGUGAAGGAUGCCAAGGUGAUCAGCAUCUCCACGGGAACAAAGUGCAUCAAUGGCGAGUACAUGAGUGACCGUGGGCUCGCACUCAACGACUGCCACGCGGAGAUCAUAGCCCGCAGAUCCCUGCUGAGGUUUCUCUACACACAGCUUGAGCUUUACUUAAAUAGCAAAGAUGAUCAAAAGAGAUCCAUCUUUGAGAAGUCUGAGCGGGGCGGCUUCAAGCUGAAAGAGAAUGUCCAGUUCCACCUGUACAUCAGCACCUCCCCCUGCGGGGACGCCAGGAUCUUCUCACCACACGAACCCAUCCUGGAAGAGCCAGCAGAUAGACAUCCAAAUCGAAAAGCCCGUGGACAGCUGCGGACGAAGAUAGAGUCUGGUGAGGGGACCAUCCCCGUUCGCUCCAACGCCAGCGUCCAGACAUGGGACGGGGUGCUGCAGGGGGAGCGGCUGCUCACCAUGUCCUGCAGUGACAAGAUGGCAAGGUGGAAUGUGGUGGGCAUCCAGGGGUCCCUGCUCAGCAUCUUCGUGGAGCCCAUUUACUUCUCCAGCAUCAUUCUGGGCAGCCUGUACCACGGGGACCACCUCUCCAGGGCCAUGUACCAGCGCAUCUCCAACAUCGAGGACUUGCCCGCGCUGUACACCCUCAACAAGCCUCUGCUCAGCGAAUGUCAGUGGCUAGAAAAGUGAACAAGAGCUUUUGAAUUCAAGGGCCCUAACUUCUCAGUUCACCUUUACUUAAAAGGACACAGUUAAGGUAUUUUUAUCCUUUGGAAAUAUCGCUUUACCUACUUUUAAAGCUAGAACUAAAACCCUAACCGUGAACUGGAAUGCCUCUUGGUAUGUGUGUGUUUUGCCAUGGUCUGUGAUCUUGCUACUAGCCCAUCUCUAACUGAGAAAAGCAACGUGGAGCUUUGUUUGAAAGCAUGUCUUUUAGAGCACAUGGAUCACAUGGGAAUGGAGAAAAACUUGCUCCAAAUUCAAUUUCACAACUCUCUACUGUAAACCGUUAUCUUUUUAGGAGAAAAAAGAUAAAAGUAGACUGAUAAAAUUUGAUGGCAAGUUGAGAUUGUAGCGUCCCUGCCGUUGAACUUACACUGGUAGGUGUGAAGCAGGUGUAUGUGGAUGUGUGUUUGCGUGUGAAUCUCUCACGAGUCAGAGAACAGUUUUCCUUGUUCGGUCUGUGCUUCGUGUGUGGGGCAAGAGUGCCUUGAUUCAGCCAGCUGUCACUUGUCUUGAGUGUCCGCAGCUACUGAGAGCAUCAUGUGUGAAACAGGUGGCGCCAGGGGCCACUCGGAGUCACCGCCGCCCAGUGCCCAGGUGGGUGGCUCCAGGUGUGUUGCUCCACCACUUGCUGAAGGAGUCCUGGGCGCUGACAGGCUUGCUCACCUGUGAAAUCAGAUGUGCUUUUAUCACGUCGUACAUGUGCAGAGUGGUCUGUAUCUAUGAGCACAUGCUGGAAAACAGUGUUUCACCACGUAUGUUUGUUAGAAACGUGAACUUACAAAGGAAGACCUGUUCUUCCUUCUUCCUCCCCAGUAUUGCCCUGAAGCCCACAGACACCGUGCAGGGCGUCUUCACAGACAAAAGGAUGCAAACAGGAGAAGUCUGGAGGAGAGGGUGUCCGUGUCUCAGGAACUCAGGAGGUCACACUCCUUUUAAAUGGGCCCGUGGCACAGCCCUCACCUUUCUCCCAGGGAGUCCCCACAGCCAGUGAGUGGCCAGGCCCACCUGGGCUGUGCCCUCCCAGGCCUCCUGCCGUGCACACAUGGUGCUCGGCUGCCUGCCUAGCAGGUCAUGCCCUGUGUGUUGCUCUUUCCCACCUCAUAGUUUAUCGCAGGUCAUCCCCAUGUUGGAAGGAGAAUGCCGGGUAACAGCUGUGAGGGAACGGUAGUGUCUGAAGGGAGUGAGAGAAACGGACCUGAAUGCCACACAGAGAAAGGCUGAGGCGACUGAAUGAGGUUCCCCGGAAACUGAAGCAAAUCUGGAUAGACUUAUUAAAAGGUUUAUCUGCAGACUGUGUUUGAAAAUGGCGUCGAGGUUAAAAAUGAGAAUUUUACAUUAACUUCAGCAUGAAAAGUGUGUGUUUAAGAAAGAGGUUCACCUUCUUGGAGGUGAACCUUUGCCUUGGGCGCUCACGUGAUGCACUUUCCCAUCCUUCUGAACUCUCUUGUUUCUCCUUUUCAGAUUAGUUUCAGAUCCAGCACCUGCAAGUUCAGGGCAGUUCUGGCUCCUGACUCUCCUCCACUGGCCCCCAGGUCUGAGUUUCUCACUGGCCCUGUUUGCUGGCAGGUGCACCGAGAGAACUCAGUGAGGACGAUCGAGCUGCUUGACUAUCGUGGUGCCCAGGCUCCAGGGUUGUGGUCACAGCUAGGCUGCCUGGGGUCGUGGGGUGAGACCCACAGUGCCGAUCUCACCGCCAACAGUGCCACCAAACAGUAACACAGAGGACGAGCGCGAGGCGGUGGGGUGAGAGCGCGGGCCUCACCUACCCCCUGAACAGAAGCACAGGAAAUGGAAAAUUUAAUGAAGCCCCAAUCAGAAAUAGAUGAUUCAAUAUCUCACCUACCCCCUGAACAGAAGCACAGGAAAUGGAAAAUUUAAUGAAGCCCCAAUCAGAAAUAGAUGAUUCAAUAUCUGAGGUUAAAGAGCACUCUAGAAGCCAUGGAUAAUAGAUGGAAUGACACGGAAGAACACAGAAAUGACCUGGAAGAGAGAGUAAUGGAACUCACCUAACCAGAGCAGUGACAGAAAGACAACAAAACAAAACAAAAAUGAACGGAACAUACGGGAUCUCUGCAGUAACAUCAGAUGUGCCAACAUUCACGUUGUAGGAGUUUUAGAAGGAGAAGGGAGCGUAAAAAAUGUCUUCAACCAAGGAAAUUAUGGCUGAAAACUUUUCAGACUUAAAGAAGGAAACAGAUAUCCAGGUACAGGAAGCACAGAAAGUCCCAAACAACAUGAACCUAAUCAAACCCACACCAACACAUCAUUAAAAUGGCAAAAGCUAAAGAAUUCUUAAGGCAACAAGAGAAAAACAAGGGGUCAGUUACAUGAGCUUCCUGGUAAGGCUAUUGGCAGCCAGAAAGGAGUAUCACAGUAUAUUCACAGUGCUGAAGAAGAACAUACAACCCAGGAUACGCUUCCCAGCAAGAUUAUAAUUUAGAA